AUGUCACGAGAUACAGCGGCUCGUCCAAAGCGACAGCGCGCAAAGUUCACGCCCACCAAGCCCUACAGCGUGGAGAGACUCGAACAAGCCCUCCGAGUAUUCGGAAAAUUUAAGGCCCGUUUCACAAGACGUGGUCUGCAAUACAGUAACCUCGGAACCUAUCUCGGAUCAUCCUAUAACCUCCGUGUACGACAAUCACGUGGCGUGGACGCAAUGGACCUGGAAAUACAGGAUGAUGACGAAAAUGACGCGAAUUACCGACCUAGAAAAGAGUCGUCCAGAAAAAAGAAGAACAAACAAGUCGCGCAACGAUCAAGUUCGACUUCGCCCGAAAGGCGUAUUGUGAAAUUCUCCUUUUCGUCGAUACGUGCUAAGAUGCUCCUGCAUAAGCUACUGCAUGCUGCUGCUUUCGCUGAUUUGGGAGAUGAUGAUGAUAUAACUGGGCAGGCACCUAUGGGGCAUAUGGGCGACAAUAACGAAAGCAAAAAAGGUGCAUGCAUGCAGGAGCAGCCGUCCAGUGGAGGUGUGCGAAAUAUUCGCACAGCCUUCUCCCAUCCCAUUGACUGUGAACUGGGCAAUAACUGCGGGGUACCAUGCCAAUUCUGUAAAGACUUCACCUUCGGCAUGUUUGGCCUUGGGUCAAGACAAGUGGAAGUAAUCGACCACGGCUCUUUUUUCGAGGAAAUUGAAGGAGGUCACCGUGAGGAAGGCCAGGAGCAAACGCGCAUUUGCAAUAUAUGUGCACUCGAGCGAUUGCACGUAUUAAAUUGCGCAGGCCAUGAGAUAUCCUCCAUAGCAAAUUUGAAUCCACGCAGGUUCGAUUACCAGAAGGCAUUCAACAGACUGCAUGAGCGCAAAAAGGGCAGAGGAACACGACCACAGCUCAACCCAUGGUGCUCUUUCUGCAUAAACCCUGCCUUUUUCCAAUGUUCUACCAUUCAGAUAGUCGACAUAUUCGCUGACGAUAUUGACCCCUCGUCGCCGGACGCUCAGGGGUGUGGUUUACUUCUCUGCGAGAGCUGCAAGGAGCUCAUGAUCGCACAUCAUAAUGAUGUCGGCCGCGUCGUCGCAGCAAUCCCACAGACGGAGGGUUUACGCGCUGAUGCAGGGUUUUUGGUCGCAGGAAGCGAUCUCAAUCGAUAUUUCAACGAGUGA